GAAGGAUGGAUGGCCUGGUCCUCCGGGUUUGAUGGGAAGACCCGGUGACAGAGGCCCCAAAGGGGAACGGGGGGAUCAAGGCAUACCAGGAGACAGGGGGCCACAAGGUGAAAGAGGGAAACCUGGCUUACCAGGAGACAAAGGAUCUCUAGGACCGAUGGGGCCACCUGGGGACAAGGGCAACCCUGGAUCACCAGGUCUUCAGGGCCAUCCAGGUGUCCCAGGCUUACCGGCUGGUUCCGUUUCAUUUGAAGAAAUGAGAAAAUAUAUCAGACUGGAGGUUCUUCGAGUUUUUGAAGAGAGAAUGGCUCAGUUUGUAUCUCAGCUAAACCUGCCAGCUGCCAUGUUAGCUUCCCAAGCUCAUGGAAAACCGGGCCUUCCAGGAAAAGAUGGGUUACCUGGGCCACCUGGAGAACCUGGAUCGCCAGGCUACAGAGGACAGAAAGGUGAAAGAGGAGAGCCUGGAAUUGGGUUGCUAGGUGAACCUGGUCCACCUGGCCCAUCAGUUUUCAACACAUUUGAUAACCUUAACAGAGUUUCGUAUGAUGAUGAUGAUGGGUGGUGGUUUUUCAGCUUAGCUGAAAAAGAUACUGAAUGA